AUGGCGUUUUUCAAAAACCUCCACCAAAAUCUGAGCCUUCCCUCUGUGUCUUCUCUGGUUGACACACUGAGCAGUGCUGUGGAUGAUCUGACAAGUGUUGUUGAAGAGGUUGGCUACAGUGUAGCUGAUUCAGUAACAGAACGAGUAACAAACAUGAUAAAUGGCCUUCGUGCAGAAGAUGAAAUCUCCAAAACACAGAGUGAUAAACCUGUGGAAGGGAGAGAGGAACAGUCGGCAUCAUUAAUUCAUUCUCAGGAAAUAAACACAAAAGCAAAGAGAGGUAUUGCAGAACAUAAAGAGACUCAUUAUUCUAAAGUGAUAGAUCUUGUAAAAAAGGACACAAGUCAAGAUGGAGUAUCUGUCCAUGUCAUAGACAAAAAUCAGAGCCAGUUAAAAGGCACAGAUAGUAAUAAUCCUAUAAGUGAUAGAGAAGUACCUCAGGAUUUGAAGACUAUAGGAGAUCCUUUUGAACGGAAAGCAGUAGGAGGAAAUGACUGUUAUGUAAAUAAGUUCUUAAAGGAUAGUAACCUGAAAAGUAAUAAAUUUACAAUGGAGCAAUCUGUCGAGGAACAAGAUAAUUGCCUAAGUGCAGUAUCAGAUAAUUCUAAGAAUCACUUCCAUAGAAGAAUCAAACCUGGAGCUGAUCUUAAAGAUUCUGAAGAAGUGCACAGUUUCAGUGUUCCCCAAGACUUAGAAACAAAACUUGUUGAAGUACAGAGGCAAAAAUUAUCAGACUCCAGCUUGAUGAAGAUGCACAAUGACCGUCCCAAUUGUAUUAAUGAAAUCAAAGAAAAGAAAUCUGAAGCAUUUUUUGACAGAAAAGGAAAAUCUGUAUCAAAGGAUGAAGACAGUGUGUCAGCUACAAUUGCAAAAGUGGAUAAAAAGAAAAACUCAAAGAAUUCAGAAAGAGAGCUAUGUAAUAAGAAGACAGCAGGAAAAGACAACUCUUAUAUGAGUAAAGACCAGCAUGGUUCAUCAUCUGAGAGUGAAGAUGAAGCACUGGGUAAAUAUCAUGAGGCCUUGUCUAGAACCCAGAGUUCCAGGCUGCCAGUGGUGGAUGGCAGACAGCAAAAAAACUAUAUAUGGGAAACCAGACAAAAAUAUAGUCCCCUGUCUGCAGAAUAUGAUGGAUACAGUAGUGAAGCCUCAAUAGAUGAAGCAAACUGCAUUCAGAGGAUGAGAAGAACACCUCCGCUAGAUGAGCUGCAGCCGCCUCCAUACCAGGAUGAUAGUGGUUCUCCUCAUCUUUCAUGUACGCCUUCUGAAGUUGGAGACAGUAAAUGUGAAUUUUCCCAGUGUAGCAACAGUCCAAGAUGUUCAUACAAGUGCCCAAGUGAGGGAAGCACGGGACACGAAAUAGAAAGCUUUCAUAACAAAGGAUAUGAAGAGGAUGUACCAAGUGAUAGCACAGCUGUCCUUAGUCCAGAGGAUAUGUCAGCUCGAGGAUCAUCUUCACAGCUUCCUAAACCUUUUGAUCCUGAGCCAGUAGCUAAAUAUGGCACACUGGAUGUGACUUUUGACUAUGACUCACAGGAACAGAAGCUUUUGGUGACAGUGACAGCUGUCACAGACAUUCCCACAUACAGCAGGGCAGGUGGAAGCUCGUGGCAAGUACACCUAGUUCUUCUCCCUAUAAAGAAGCAGAGAGCAAAAACCAGCAUCCAGCGGGGACCGUGCCCUGUCUUCACAGAGACAUUCAAAUUUAAUCACGUUGAGUCUGAGAUGAUUGGGAAUUAUGCCGUUCGCUUUAGACUGUACAGCGUACGUCGCAUGAAAAAAGAGAGGAUUGUGGGAGAAAAGAUUUUUUACUUAACAAAAUUGAAUCUUCAAGGGAAGAUGUCAGUGCCAGUGAUACUGGAACCUUCUUACAGUCUGUCUGGCUGUGACUCUCAAAUGAGCAUGUCAGAAGUGUCCUGCAGUGAAAGUACCUCCUCUUGUCAGUCUCUGGUACAUGGCUCAGCUCCAGAAAUCCUCAUUGGUCUCCUUUAUAAUGCUACAACUGGAAGAUUAUCAGCAGAAGUGAUAAAAGGCAGCCACUUCAAAAACUUGGCAGCGAACAGACCACCCAAUACGUAUGUUAAGUUAACACUGCUGAACUCGAUGGGGCAAGAAAUGUCCAAAUGCAAAACUUCAAUCCGCCGAGGACAGCCAAACCCAGUGUACAAAGAAACCUUCGUUUUCCAAGUGGCACUCUUUCAGCUCUCAGAUGUGACGCUCAUACUGUCUGUAUAUAAUAAGCGCAGCAUGAAGCGAAAAGAGAUGAUAGGGUGGAUUUCCUUAGGUCUCAACAGCUCAGGAGAAGAUGAACUCAAUCACUGGACUGAGAUGAAAGAAUCUAAAGGACAGCAAGUAUGUAGAUGGCAUACUUUAUUAGAAUCGUAA